AUUUUGUGUUAGCGUUAGCAGUGUAAUAUUCAGGCGUAAAGAAAGAUAGAGGACGGUGUCGUCUCUGUCGAAAUAAUUACAUAUUUCGUCAAAAAUGUCAAGUAUUUCUAAUGUUGAAAACCUUUCACCACAAAUUAUCAGACAUGUAUCCAAAGAAUUAGGAGAUUUAACCAAGUCACCUCCAGAGGGAAUAAAAGUUUUCCUUAAUGAAGAAGAUAUUACUGAUGUCCAAGCCUCCAUUGAAGGGCCAGCUGGUACUCCGUAUGCUGGUGGACUAUUCCGUAUGAAGUUAGUGUUGAGUAAAAAUUUUCCUUCGGAACCUCCCAAAGCUUUCUUUUUGACAAAAAUAUUCCACCCUAAUGUUGCCAGUAAUGGUGAAAUAUGUGUAAAUACAUUGAAAAAAGAUUGGAAAGCUGAACUCGGAAUUAAACAUAUUUUACUUACCAUUAAAUGUUUAUUAAUUGUCCCUAACCCUGAAUCUGCAUUGAAUGAAGAAGCUGGUAAACUUUUAUUAGAACAAUAUGAUGAUUAUUCGUCGCGAGCCAAGAUGUUCACAGAAAUCCAUGCAAAACCUCUCAAAGCUGGAAAAGAAAUUGGUUUAACAAAAGAUAUUGUGAGUGAAGGACCUAUGGCAAAAAAACAUGCGGGUGAUAAAAAACUUUUGGAUAAGAAGAAAAAAGAAAAGAAAAAAGUGCUCAAACGAUUAUGAAUUCAUUAUUUACUAAAAGACAAUCAUUCAUCACAUCAUAUUUCAUGUCAAAUCACGUGACAUUUCGGUUGAAUGUGUAGUGUGAAGGGUCAGUUAUGAAAUCAGCAUAAAUUUGUCUGUCCAAUGAGAGCAACCUGUCCUUAUAGAAGAAAUAUAUUUAUAUCUCUUUGUUAAUUCUUUCUGCUCUGGCAACUUCCUAUACAGUCUACUGAUGAGCAAUUUAUUUAUUUCCUAUAUUAUAUUGCAAAACGUGUAAUACAGCUCUUGUUAUAUAUAUAUUUUAAUGAUAUAAAUUAAAUGUAGAUAGUAUGUCUGUAUAUAUACCUCUUUUUAUUUAUACUUUUCAUGACCCUAAAUAAGCAUGUUUGCAAAUGCCCAUAGUGUCAAAGAUCAUGAUGAAAUUUUAAUAAAAUGUGUAUAAUAAUAUAAAA